GUUUAUUCUGCAGGUGUUACAGUUUAUUCUGUAGGUGCUACAGUUUAUUCAGUUACAGUUUAUUCUGUAGGUGUUAGUUUAUUCUGUAGGUGUUACAGUUUAUUCUACAGGUGUUACAGUUCAUUCGGUAGGUGUUACAGUUUAUUCUGUAGGUGUUACAGUUUAUUCUGUUACAGUUUAUUCUGUAGGAUGGUGUCCCAGGUGUCCUCUCACAUACCUGGGACACCAUCCUCCAGAGACCAUCGGACGGCGGGAAGCGUGGUUGGCUUGACAGAUUCUGACAGAUUCUAACAGAUUCUGACAAACCGACCACGUGAUAAAAAGGACACGUCACCAAACGUCAGAUGACGCUCUGAAGAAGACAGCAGAGGCUGUUGAAACAUGUCAGCAAGGUAACACAACUUUCCUGAAUUGUCGGUUUAAAUAAGUAACGCUAUGGUAUAGUACAUAACGACAAAAUGAACCUAAUCCAACUAUAUUAUAAUGUGUUCCAGACUGGUUCUAGACUGAUUCUGAGUAGCUUCUAUCUGGAGAGACCCACAUGAUGCUGCUGCUGUCAAUGCUGCUCGCUCUCUCUGUUCCUAAUUGGUUGUCAUGGAAACCAACAUGGAGAGUGAGCGCGCAUCCUUCCCCUCCCACCUCCACUCCCCCCUCCCCUCCCUUCCUCGCUGCCGCCGCCCGCCGCUCUCACACCGGGCCGCCCCCUGAAUCAAACCGAGCGCUGUAGCCUCCGUCUGCGGCUGAAGCAGCAGCCUGUCGGACGGUGCGGACGGUCGGUGUGUCGGUACGUGUGCAGGUCGGUCCGGGGCCGCUGUGUGUGAGUGCGCGUGUGGUUGUGACCCGGUUCGUUCUGCUGCUGUGGACCGGGGAGGGGCGCGCUCUCUCCCGCACCGACAGCCUCUUUAAUGACCGGAUUUGUGUUUUGCUGCGCGAUGUAUAUGGACCGAAGCAGCCUGAGCAGAGGCCCCGCCUCCCCCUCCAGUCCCAGCUUACUGACGAAGAGCCUCUCUCCGGAGCCGUCCUGCUCUCCCUGCGGCCACCAGGGGGCGCUGGAUGCUGACGCUGCACAGCAGUCGAUGGCCGACCCGAGCCCCGGCUGCUCCUCAUCAAGCCUCGCCUCCCUGGAGGGAGAAGCAGCACUAGCAGAGCUGGUGAAUGACACGGGGCCACCAGAGCUGACAGUCGCCAUGUCGACACCACCGAGCAGGAGCCGGCCCCCGCUGCCGGGGCCCAAACCACAAGUGCCCCCAAAGCCCCCUCACCUCCAACAGCAGGUGACGAGGACACGCCCCCGAGCUCCAGACAAGCCUCCCCCUCCUCCGCCAUGCAGACCCCUCCCAGCCGACCCCGAGGGGGGGACUCCGCCCACCUGCCCCGAUGGCACCGCCUCUCCUACCUGCGUCCUGUCACUCAUCGAGAAGUUUGAACGAGAGCAGAUUAUUGUGGUUCCUGACAUCACAGGCGGUGCUCUUUGUCCUCGCCUCACUGACCCCGCCUCCUCCCUACCAUCAUCACCACCAUCAUCAUCCUCACCUGCCCCUCCCCUUGUGGACGAGGAGCCGCCCACAAGUCCUGAUGAUGUCACAGUGGGGGUGGAGGACGAUCCGCGUGGUGAAGACGAUGACGAUGACGACGACGAAGAGCUGGUGGCCGUGUGUCGUGCUGACGUCCAUCAGAAGCGUCUGUCCAUGGAGUCGGGUUACAGCGCCUCAGAGAAGCACCUGGAGGACGACGUGGUUGCCGUGGAAAUGAGGGAGCAGCAACAGGAGCCGCCACCGCCACUCGAACAGUCAGAGCUGCCGUCUGAGCGUCUGUCCCUCCCCUCCUCUCAGACGGACGGGAAGCUGGCCAAUCGAGACAGUGGCAUCGACAGCAUCAGCUCGCCAUCACACAGUGAGGAGCUCUGCUUUGCCGGUGUGGAUGAUGGGGGCGUGGUCUACCCAUGUAGCCCCGCCCUUCUUCCCCGCCUCUCCAGCUCGUCCUCGUAUGCCGGAGAUGAGGGGGAGGAGGGGGAUGCGAGGAGCGGAGCCAGGAGGAGGAGGGAGUUCUCUGAGGAGGGGGACAGCGACCUGGAGGAGGAGGAGGAGGAGGCGGAGCUAACACUGGUGCUGCCCGCCCCCAAGACGGACCGACAGGACUCUGUGGAGCUGUCUGUCCAACAGAGAGUCUUCAACAUUGCCAACGAGCUGCUGCAAACUGAGACUGCUUAUGUCUCCAAACUGCACCUGCUGGACCAGGUCUUCUGCUGCAGACUCCUGGAGGAGGCUCGGUCUCGUUCCUCAUUUCCCUGCGAUGUGGUUCAGGGCAUCUUCUCCAACAUCUGCUCCAUUUACUGCUUCCACCAGCAGUUUCUGCUGCCGGCGCUGCAAAAGCGCAUGGAGGAGUGGGACUCGAACCCGCGCAUCGGCGACAUCCUGCAGAAGCUGGCCCCCUUCCUGAAGAUGUACGGAGAGUACGUGAAGAACUUUGACCAAGCCAUGGAGCUGGUCAACACCUGGAUGGAGAGGUCGGCCCAGUUCAAGGCCAUCAUCCAGGAGAUCCAGAGGGAGGAGCGCUGUAGGAACCUCACCUUGCAGCACCACAUGUUGGAGCCGGUCCAGAGGAUUCCUCGCUAUGAGCUGCUGCUCAAAGAUUAUCUGCACCGACUGCCGGAGGACGCUCCGGACUACCGGGACGCCCAGAAGUCUCUGGAGCUGAUCGCCACAGCAGCCGAACACUCCAACGCUGCCAUCAGGAAGAUGGAGCGAAUGAGGAAGCUGCUGAAGGUCUACGAGCUGCUGGGAGGAGAAGAAGACAUCGUGAACCCGACCAACGAGCUCAUCAAGGAGGGACACAUCCUCAAACUGUCCAAUAAGAACGGAACCACGCAGGACCGAUACCUGAUCCUGUUCAACGACAGGCUGCUGUACUGCGUCCCAAAGCUGCGUCUGAUUGGUCAGAAGUACGGCGUCCGCGCUCGCAUCGACGUGGACGGAAUGGAGCUGAAGGAGACCAGCAGUGUGGCUGUUCCUCGGACAUUCCUGGUUUCUGGAAAACAAAGAUCUCUGGAGCUGCAGGCCAGGACAGAGGAGGAGAAGAAAGACUGGAUCCAGGCCAUCCAGGCCACCAUCCAGAGACAUGAACAGACCGUGGAGAGCUUCAGACACCUCAACUGUUCACUGAGAGACGACGAUUCCACACCACCACACUCCCCGAGCUGUGUGGAACUGGGGAAAAGAGCUCCAACUCCGAUCAGGGAGAAGGAAGUGACUCUGUGCAUGAAGUGUCAGGAGCCGUUUAACUCCAUCACCAAGCGUCGGCAUCACUGCAAAGCCUGUGGUCACGUGGUUUGUGGGAAAUGCUCCGAGUUCCGUGCCCGUCUGUCGUAUGACAACAACCGGACUAACCGUGUGUGCGUGGACUGCUAUGCUACGCUGGUGGGCGUGUUCCCGUCGCCCGCCGGACUGAGCAACAGCACCCAGAGGAGGCGGUCCAUCCUGGAGAAACAGGCCUCGCUGGCGGCAGAGAACAGCGUGAUCUGCAGCUUCCUUCACCACAUGGAGAAGGGAGGGGGAAGGGGCUGGCAGAAGGCGUGGUUCGUUAUCCCCGAGAACGAGCCGCUGGUGCUGUACGUCUACGGAGCUCCACAGGACGUGAAGGCUCAGCGCAGCGUCCCUCUGAUUGGCUUCGAGGUCUCUUUGCCGGAGUCAUGUGACCGGCUGGAGCGACGCCACGCCUUCAAGAUCUCCCAGAGUCACCUGACCCUCUACUUCAGUGCCGAGGGGGAGGAGCUUCAGCGUCGAUGGAUGGAUGUCCUGUUGAGGGCCGGAAGAGGGGAGGAGCCUCAGGUGCACCGACCAAUUGUGGAGAGUCUGGAGGAGGAAGGGGAGGAGCUUGCUGCAGCUGAAGGAGAGAACACGUGAUGAGGAGGAGGAGCUUCAGCAGCUUUCAAGGCGGACCCUGAUUGGACAGAAGAAAAUACAAACCAGUUCAAAUCAGUCAUCACUUUACCCACAAUCCUCAGCUGCUGUCACCAUGGAGACACCUCCAUCAUCACCUGUGACAUCAUAUUCAGAGCACCGAUCCAAGAAACCUAAAAGUGAACGAGCCAACGAUUGAUCAGGAACUGUGCUGAUAAUCAAUUGAUUGUGUCUGUUUCAACCAGCGAUCAGAAAAUAAUUAGCACAAUGAUUGAUCAGGAACCUGAUCAGUAGGUUCCAUCCUGGAUUAAUGAUCCAUCACCCGAUCAGAUUAAUGAUCAAUCAGCUGAUCAGAUUAAUGAUCCAUCAGCUAAUCAGUCUGAAGCUUCUGAUUGGACCAUCAGCAUAAAGCACAACCUUCUACGUGUUCCAUGUUGUUUCUGAAUUUAACAGUUCUUUAUGCUGUCUGGACAGUUCCACUAGAACUUUCACUGCAGGAAACUUCCCAGGAACCAAGGUUCCUUCAGUUGGUCAGUUGUGUUUCCACCAUGGUCCCAAACCAUCUGACGGAUCAGAAGGUCUGUUCACUACGUCCACUGCAAGAACUCAAAGAGAGCAUCAACCCCUGCUGGUUCUUUCUGGUUCCACUGUAGAUCCAAGUUCCUCAACAGGAACUCAGAGAUAAGAACCGGCAGUUAGUGGACGGAACUCCAUUUCUAUGUAGGAACUGAAGCAUGGAGAUAUGUUCUGUCAGACCAUCUGGAGAACUUCAUGUUGUUGGAGGUGAUGUCAGAAAACAUGUCAUCUGAGUUGAACCAGUCAGUGCUGAGACCCUAAAAGCAGGUUCCCACUCCUGAAAGAGGUUCCACAGCGACUAGGGGUGCAACGGAUCAAAAAACUCGUGGUUCGGAUCGUAUCACGGUUUUGAGUCACAGAUCGAAUCAGUUUUCGGAUCGGCUGUUUAAAUGCCGCGGUGAUCAGUGGUUGCUAAGCAGCCUUCAUCUUGGCUCCUGUCACUGACACAUCCAGGUGAUGUCGCUUCAUAUGGCUGGUCAUGCUCGAUGUGUUUCCUCUCAUACGUCUUUCUCUGCCACAGUGCCUACACACCAUUAUAGCUUUGUCCACCACCUUUCUUCCAUCAUCACUGUGCUUUACAGGGAAGGCAAAAUGCUCCCAUAUGAGCGACUUAAAUGACGCAGAAGGUUUUUGAAGUUCCUCUGCUCCUCUGCUAUUCAUGACUACCACUGCACUCAAUUAGUGUGGAUUAAACAUGCGCUCUCCAUGUGACCACGUACAACUUUUUUCAUCAACCAAUCCGCGGACCACGUGGAGAGGGAUCCAUACGGAUCACGGAUCAACGAUGAUCUGUUGCACCACUAACAGCGACUGUGUCUGGGCAGAACAUGUGUGAAGGUUGAAGCUGCAGGUUCCUGUAGUGGAAACCAGCCUUGAAGAGCCUCCCCGAACAGGAAGCUGGUUUCUGACCGCUGAUCGGGUUCUUCUGAUGCCAUCCUGACAGUCCUGCUCUCCAAGCAGGUUCUUUCCUUAUUCUUGCGGUGGAAACUACAACUCUUCAGAACAUUCACUCUAUCUUCCUGCAGGUCUCCUCUCAGUGAUCAUCUCCAGCCUCUACAAGCCCUUUGUGCACCACCUCAGCCAAUCAGCAUCCGCCUCUCAGAAUCUACCCAAUCAGCACUGAAGCCCACACAGCAGUUAUUUGGAGGUCCUACCCACCUGGAACAGGUCCUUUGUUCUCCCCUGAUGACAGCCCUGAAGAGGUUGUACUGGACGGUUCCUGUGGUUGGAACAAAGGUUCGGUUCCCCCUAAAAGAAACUUGAAGUUCCUGCAGUGGGAACAGCCCGCUGAGACCUCUGGUGGAAACACAGGUAGACCAACUGAGCUCCUCAGAAGGUUCUCCAGCUCAGAAGAAGGUUCCUGCAAACGUUUCCUGUAUAUUAAAUCCUUCCUGAGUUCCUGAACAGCCUCAGAACCUGCAGACAGAACAUGGACGAUAAGCCAGAGGGGCUGAUGUCGAACCCACAAACUAGACCCGGAAGAGAACCCAUCCUGCCUUUUUAAUGCUUCCACUAAUGCAGGAAGACGAGCUCUGUCUAUGAAGAGAACGUAGAACUCUCAGCAUUACUGCCACUGAGUUCUGGUGGUCAUUUUUAGAACUGCAGCUACAAAAGCCCACAACUUAUUUCACGUUGCAGCAACGAUCUAAAGCAUGAGAACUACACAGUGAUGAUCUCAGAACUACGGUGCAGGUCAAAGCCGGUUCUCCUGGGCGAUGCAGAUAUAAACAUGAGAGAAAACAAACAGUUCCAGGGUUCUACAGGACGUUCUUGUCUGGACUCCAGUCCAGCAUCGCUUAAACAGCUUUCAUUGAUGAAAACCGAACGUCCACCAGCUGCAGGUUCAUCCAAGAUAUUCAAGAAAAAGCAGCAGAAUCUAAAGCGACUGUUAGACUCUAGAAGCCCCUUUAAAUGCACUUCAACUAUUCUAAUGCCAAAUUCCUCCAAGAAAAGUCCAGACCUCCAAGCUGCCAAUCAGCAGCCUGUCAGGAGGUCAACUCCGUUUCCCAGCAGCCCCCUGCUGGUGCACUCCAGUCCUGCAGGCUUUUCUAAAAUCACAGAGUCCGACAGAAAUGUCUCUGUUUUACAUUUUUAUUUGACCUCUAAAUGUUAGAGAUCAUUUCUGUCCUUCAGAUGUUUGGUUCUCAGAGUUCAACGUGUUUCUUCAGUCAGACCAACUUUUCACAAAGCAGACAAACUUCCUCUUUCCUUGUUUCAUGAACUGAAAGCAUGUUUGAAGAAGUGCCAUUUACAGCCACCUCACUGCUGUUGGAAAAAAGGUUUAUUACUUUACUGCAUCAUUUGACCUUUUUAUGUAAUUAUGAUCCAGAUUUAGUCUCCAGAACAUUUCAUCUUUGUUGGCGUCAUAAAGAGAGUGGAAAUCUGAAGCUGAAACCACAUAUUUGACCUGAAAAUAAGUCAGUCAAUCCAGUGAGUCAUUAUUUAAAAACUAAAAUACAGAAAUGGAUCAACUUCCAGUUUCUCAUGUUUGAAUAUUUUUUCUUUUUUCUGAACAUUUUGGAUUGUUGGUCCGACAUUUGAGGCCUCUGACUCUGAGAAGCUCAGAUUUUCUGACCUUUAUUGACCAGAAGAAGGAACUAAUAAUCAAUAAUGGAAAUAAUCUGUGAUAUACGAGGACACGAUGAUGUCACCAGAUCAAAGACGCCAAGAGGAGCCUGGACCGAUUUAACUCUAAUCCAGACCGGUUUAACUCUAAUCCAGACCGAUUUAACUCUAAUCCAGACCGGUUUAACUCUAAUCCAGACCGAUUUAACUCUAAUCCAGACCGGUGUAACCCUAACCUGGACCAGUUUAACCCUAAUUGGGACUGGUUUAACCAUAACUUGAACCGGUUUAACUCUAACCCAGACCAGUUAAGCCCCAACCCAGACCAGUUUAGCCCCGACCCGGACCGGUUUAACCCUAACCUGGACCAGUUUGACCCUAACCUGGACCAGUUUGACCCUAACCCGGGCCGGACUGACCCUCUCUGUGGUUUCUGGAUGCUGCAGAUGAUCCAGUAAUUAGAUGGAGCCGCUCUGACUUAAAAGGACAAAGUGAACGUGGGUUUUUUUUUCUCCUCUUGACUUGAGUGGUUCAGUAAUUCUGUUGAUAUAAACUCCUUUUGGACAAAGUGUUUUGAUAGUGAAAAAUAUUCUGAAUAUUAUUAUUGCUGUUUGGCGAAAUGAACAGAUUGUUGUUGGAUAUUUCUGUGUUUGAUGUUUGCUUGAUGCAAGUUGAUGCAAAAAGAAAAAGUUUUUGUAAAUAUAAUUUAUUCUUCUGGGACCUGCCAAUCAUGUGACGGUGUUAAGGUCAGAGGUCAUGCAGCCAGAGCCACGCGGCGGCCAUGUUGGGUGAAGGUUAAAGGAACAAUCCAGUGUUUUAGGAAACUCUGCGUUCUCCUCCUCUACUCUGCCUUUGCACAAAGAGAAGAAGACAGAGGAACUGCUACCAAGAACAAAAAUAUAGGAGUUUUGCAGAAUUUUGAAGAGUAAAACCCCUGAAAUGCUGCAUAACCACUACAAAAACAGCUCAAUUACAUCAUUAUUAAUGGACAAUUUGAAAAUAUGUUGAGAUAAUAAGUUAGCUACAAAACCACAGCUCUACAUGGGAAAUUCUGCUCAAAAGUGGUAUGAAAAGUUUGUGUUUGUUUAACUUCUACCUCACUCCCUCAGUCUGUGCAUGGCUCUGGCUGCCAGCAAGUUUUUAGCAUGUUUUAGGCGUGUAAAGCAGUGGGAAUGGAAGGAAAUGGCCAGUAAGUCCGCCUUAUCGCUCUCACCAUCACCUCCUGCUUCGCUGUGGUGAAAACGUGUCUGUGGUUUAUUCUCUUUGAGUUUUAUCUGAUCUUAACUGUUUGCAGAGAAGCUUAAAGGCUGGAUGGGACCAGUUCUGACUGGUUCUAACCGGACCUGACCACUGCUGAUGGGUUCUAACCCGUUCUGAUUGGUUCUAACCAGUUCUGACUGGUUCUAACCGGACCUGACCACUGCUGAUGGGUUCUAACCCGUUCUGAUUGGUUCUAACCAGUUCUGACUGGUUCUAACCGGACCUGACCACUUCUGAUGGGUUCUAACCUGUUCUGACUGGCCAUAACUGGACCGGAGCAGUGUGUGUGGUACAGUGAACAGUGGUGUGUUGUAUCAGUCACUCUUUGUUCAGUGAAUUGUUGGUAAUAUAUCAGAUCUGCAUUCUGUAUUUAAGCUGCUGUUUCUUAUUUGGGCUGGACGUCCCAUCAGAACCGAAAACAGCCGGUGAUACUAGUUAGAGCUGGUUUUGACUACAGAUGGCCAAGUUAUCGCACAAUGGAGGAUUAUUUUAGAAGAGGUGCUUCCUUAUUAUUCAGCUUGUAAUUGUUCUGAAGUCUGGGUAUUAUUUAAAUGUCAGUGGAAAACUCAACUGCUCAUCUCCAGUUAUAACCAGCUAGCAUCUUGUUAAACCGGUCACAGCUGCUAAAAACUAGUUACAGCUGGUAAAAACUAGUUACAAACGGCUACAGUUGGUUAAAACUAGUUACAAAUGGUUACAAUUAGUAAAAACUAGUUAAAAAUGGUUACAAUUGGUAAAAACUAGUUACAAACGGUUACAAUUGGUAAAAACUAGUUACAAAUGGCUACAGGUGGUAAAAAGUAGUUACAAGUUGUAGAAGGUUACAGAAUCUUUUAGGCAGUUAAACAGAAAUGUAAAGAAUCUCCUGCCCAGUAAUCUGGUUAGAUCUUGGUGAUCUGGUUAGAUUUAACCAGAUGUAACCAGAUCCAUCCAGAUCUGGUUACAUCUGGAUAGAUCUGUUGUUACAAUCUGGUUAGAUCUGGAUAGAUCCUGGUGAUCUGGUUACUGCUGGUUAGAGCCACAUGAAGCCCAUUUUACCAGCUGGUUAGUAACGGUGACAGCACGUUUGAAGGGCUUUAAUUUAAAAGAGGCUGGUUUGGACCAGUUAGACUCAGAACUAGUCAGUUGUACCCAGCCGGUUAUGAACUGGUUGAACUGGUGCAGAGCAGUCUGAACUGGUUUUAUUGAACUCAUGUUGUGCCAAACCAGAUUCCUGUCACUGUUCAGUUUUUAUUUCUUGGUAAAUGAACGUGAUCACAGCGUGUUCAUCGAUGGUCUUUCACAGUGCUGUGAACUGUUAAUGGCUGUUGUUACCAUGGAGACCGUCAGGAGACCAGACAAGCCAAUCAGAGGUGGAUUCCAUGAUGGUGUCACUUCGUCAGAUGACCACAGCUCAGAUCUUCUGACUUGUUGCCAUGGUAACCUUCAAGGCUUUUGGAGCUGACACGUUACCAUGGUGACCACUGUGGCUCCUCUGUGAUUUCCAGAGCUGCUGGAGACAGUGUUGCUACAGUAACCACAGCCACCGGCAUCAUAGUACAUAGGCCCCAUGUUACCGUAGCAACCAGCGGACCCUCGUUGCUGUGACGACCGCUCCUUCCUCCAUCCCUGUCUCCGGUGUAACAGCAGCACACUCGUGUAUCCUUCUCCUUUAUGUUGUACUGUUGAUUAUUAUUGGAUGGAUUGAUUGCAGGUGAUUGGUUAGUGGCCGGCCACUGCCUUCCAUGCUGUCUGUUUCCCAUCAUGCACCUCUAUAAGAAAAUAAGAUGACAAAUGUAAUAAAUGAGGUUAUAAAUGAAAUAAAAACGUAUGGAAGAAAA